AUGAGAAACAAUAAUGUACUCAUCUUCACCUUAGCAAUAGCUCUUACAGGAGCCCUGCUGUUCAAAGAUGUAAAGGGUCAAGGUGUUUCAGUUCCUGAUAUUGUUACACCAGAUUUCUUUAAUGGCAUAAUUAGUCAAGCUCCUGCAACUUGUGCUGGGAAGAACUUUUACUCCAGAGAUGCAUUUCUUAAUGCUCUCAAUUCUUAUUCUCAGUUUGGAAAACUUGGUACCGCUGAUGACUCUAAACGCGAGAUUGCUGCUUUCUUUGCUCAUGUCACCCAUGAGACUGGAUAUUUCUGCAAUAUUGAGGAGCAAAAUGUUGGUGCUGAGACAUACUGCGACACAACAAGGACAGAUUAUCCAUGUGCUCAAGGAAAGAGAUACUACGGGCGGGGUCCCAUGCAACUAACAUGGAACUACAACUAUGGAGCAGCAGGGAAGAGCAACAACUUUGACGGACUGGGAAAUCCUGAAAUUGUAGCAACAGAUGCUGUCAUAUCAUUCAAGACUGCCUUAUGGUACUGGAUGGAAAAUGUCCGCCCUUCUGUCUCCCAAGGAUUUGGAGCUACAAUUAGGGCCAUCAAUGGUGCUGUUGAAUGUGAUGGCAAAGAACCUGCUAAAGUUCAAGCUCGUAUUGAUUUGUAUACCAAAUACUGUGGCCAAUUUGGUGUUUCUCCUGGACCUAAUCUCCAAUGCUAA